GAUUGAACAAAAAUUAUUAUUUCAAAAAAGAAAUAUUUGCGAUCUGCAUAGUUUUGAUCGAGAAGGAAGAAACAACUCUGCCCUCUGCUUCAAUAAUAAUAAUGCGCUGCUUACUAAUCAUCCUAGUAGCAAUGUGCUUGUGGCUGACGGCGGAGGUAUCAGGUUUGAGAGACAUACAGAGGUUUGAUUCUUAUCCAAAUCAUAAGUCCUUCGCAAACAUGCAUGGCCAAACAUCCAAAGAACGUCUUCCAAUCCAAACCAUGGAUGAUUUGUUGAACAGGAUGGACGAGAGCUACUUUGAGAUCAACGAGGCAAUGAAAAUUAUGUUGGAAACUCAUGGUAAAACGCUUGAUGAAGUGCCAGUUGACUGCACUUCGUCAAGAGCAUCUGAAUUGAUAGCGGUGAAAGAGCAUUUCGACUACUGCCACAACUUGACUGUUCAGAUGAAAGAACUGAAGAACCUUACAGAACAAUCAUUCAACUUAUUGUUUGAUGUGGGAUAUGCGGCCAGCAUUAUAGUGUCCAGUGGCAUUGAAUGCCAUAAUCAUGCAUCCCCUUUGUCUCAAUUGAAUUGUUAUAUGACUCUGUAUAGAUACACUAGGAAUUUUUUAAUUGAAAACGUGCCUAAAAUAAUGAAGAAGGCAGAAGAGAUUAAAGUUAUGGCCAAUAUUAUUACUGUUGAUAGCUUAAAUUGUUUUUUCCACCAUGAUAUCGAUCAUGAGGCUGCUAAGGAAAUUGCUCUCUUCACUUUAAAAUGUUAAACAAUAACAUAUUAUAAUAUGAUUACCAAUCUAUUUAAAGUUCCUAUUUGCUUUUUUCAAUUAUCACAUUUGAAAAUUUCUGUUAUAUUUUUAAACAAAUAUGAUUUGAUUAUCAGUGAUCUCAAAGAAAGUACCCAAGGUACUACUUUUUCUUUGUCUUGUAGUAUUGUAAUCUAUUACAUAGACCUAAGUUUUGUUUAUUUCAAUAAUUAUUGAUACAAUGAGACAUUAUUGCAGCCUAUUUGAUAUUACUAUGCAUAUUAUAACGCUCAUCUCCAUAGGAAUUUGAUUCUUUAUAAUAUGAUAACAAAUCUAUUUGGAGUUUU